AUGGAUGGACCAAAGAGUGUAGAGGAGCUGAAAAGGCUCCUGCAAGAGGCAGAGAAACGCAGAGGACUACAAGAGGACCGAAAACGCGCCGACGAAGCAAAGAAACGCGCCGAUGAAGCGGAGAGAGGACUACAAGAGGACCGAAAACGCGCCGACGAAGCAAAGAAACGCGCCGAUGAAGCGGAGAGGAAAAUACGACCCACGACACUUGACGAGUACAUCGCAGCCUGCCAUACCUCGGUUUUCUCCCGAUUCACCAUUAAAACACACCCAAAGCUAACCUCGAUGGGUUCUAUCGCAAACCCGCCUGACAAGUGGUGUCCCAAAAACCUGCGGCCAUGGUCCGACUUCCUUGAUCAACAGAGGCUUAUCUUCGCGACGCUCUACGAUUCAUUUCCUACCGACCGCCGUGCUUUCGAGAACCUAGCUGGCCUGGCCGGCGUGGGAAAGCGGAUCUCUGAACGGCCGGUAGCAAACGAGAGGGCGCUCGAAUAUUUCCUGCUAAUGACCGUGGAGGAUCCGCUCCGACUCAUCAUCCGACAGCUCAAGCUGGUGGAAGAGGUCGGAAGGGCCUUUCAGAUCGGAGAUCGUGUCAUCUUUAAAAGCCAACCCCAUGCUCUCAGCGACGUCGCCGAGGAAGUCGUGGACAGGGAGAUGCAGGACCCAGCCAUACCAGCGCCGACGCCGGAACAUCGAAUCUGCGUUUAUCGAUCCGAUAAUGCCCCGUCUUCCCAGUACACCCUGGUCUACGUUUCCGAGCAAAAGUCACCUUGCAAGUUGACCCCUCCGCAUCUUCGUCUCGGUCUCCGCCCCAUGGACAUCUUCAAGGAAGUUGUGAACCGACAGACGAUUCCAACUUCUACAGACCCUGAAGCGCGUUUCCAGUACCACGCAGAGAAGCUCACGGCAUCUGCCGUCACGCAGACAUAUCAUUACAUGAUUGAAAGCGGUCUUGAAUAUGGGCUUCUGACUACUGGCGAGGCUAUUGUGUUUCUAAAGAUUGACUGGGACGAACCUGAGACGCUGUACUAUCAUCUAGCGGAGCCUGGUCCGGAGGUGUCAGCUCAUCCAAACAACGUCGAUGUCUGUUCGGUUGUCGGUCAGCAUCUUGCCUUCAUGCUCAUGGCUCUCGGCUCGCCAGGUGAACGACGGGUGAUUGGGCAGGAGGAACGCCAAAGAGCUGUGAGAAACUUGAGAACAUGGGCCGAUGACUUCGAAUCGACACUACGCUCCAUUCCAGAAAAUGAACGGUCGGCUCCAUCGGAUAGCUCACCUGGUUAUGAACCUACUACUUAUAAGGGCGUUGAUCGGACGCCGCAACGCCGAGCCGCCAAGAGCCAGAUUGACGAGGGGUUGUUCGGACGAAGCACCAGACAAGGAACUAGGCGAAGCCAGCGACUGGCACGCCAGUCACGUGGAGGAGGCGAUGAGCAGGGUCGACAGUACUGUACGCAGAAAUGCCUUCUUGGGAUGGUUAGGGGAGGUCUUGUCGACCCAAAGUGCCCCAACGUUGCACUUCACUGCAAGAGCAGUGCUCCCGCCGGCGCACGCCAUCCUGUCAAUCAUGAGGAGUGGCUCCGCCUACUUCGGAAGCAGCUGGAACAGUCCCUUGACGACGGGAUCAGGCCGUUGGACGAGGGCGGUGCGCGGGGUGUGCUCUUCCAAGUGACUCUGCUUGCGUAUGGCUACACCUUGGUCAGCAAGGGCACGGUACGGGCUUUCAUCAAAGAUCUCGAGCACGAAGCUGCUGUUUACGAGCGCCUCAAGCCUAUCCAAGGCGUCCACGUACCUGUCCUUCUGGGUGCCAUUGACCUCAGAUCGAUGAACAAGACUUACUACUAUGACCAUCGGGUCUACGUGGUGCACAUGACACUUUUGUCCUGGGGGGGAUGCAGGGUCGACACAGUAGACGACAUGAACAAGUCACUUGAAGACGAGGCCAUCCGGUCCUUGAGAGCCAUGCAUCAGGAGGGCGUGAUCCACAAAGAUGUGCGACUUGCCAACUUGCUGUUCAACUCUGAGACCAACGGGGUCAUGGUGAUCGACUUUGAACGAGCUUUGCUGCUCGAGCCGCCUCAGCGCCCGUCGUUGGCGCAGCUGGUGCCGAAGAAGCGAGCGUGGAAGUCGGAGGCGAUGGAUGCCAAGAAGAAGGUGACUGGUGGUUCAAGCAAGCGAAACCGGGCAGAUCGAGGCUUUUCGGAGGAUAUUUGGUUGGCAAGUACGGCCUUUAUGGAUUGGAAUGCUCGCCGUGGAAUUUGA